AUGGUCCUCUCCGCCACUCAUGCUGUCCUGAUGAGAGGCGGGACUCCUUUUCCUCUGCGUGAUGCUGGCAACCUCUUCGCACUCAUCUCUGUGCUCUUCCUCUACCGAAAUGGCGUCUUCACGUCCCGCGGCUGCCCUCGAGCAUCGGUCACUUACGUUGGGAGAGGGGACAGCAGCAGCCCUGAUAACUGCAGCUCCAGACCCAUCAGGAUCCGUGUUGCCCUCUCCAGGCCGCUGAGGGUUCGCCCUGGACAGUACAUCAAUCUGUGGAUGAGGUCCGUGAGCUGGUGGUCGUGGGCGCAGAGCCAUCCGUUUACGGUGAUGUCUUGGUCUCCAGUUGAGCAGAGCUCUUUGGAUCUCUUCGUACAACCUCGUCAAGGCCUUACGGCUGAUUUGCUUCGACAUGCGGAGGUGGACAAUGGGGUUUCCUUGUCCUUUCCCGCAUUGGUCAGCGGGCCGCAUGGUACCAGUGAACCUGCAGGGCAAUACGAAACGGUCCUGAUAGUGGCCAGCGGGUUUGGCAUCGCUCCGGUUAUUCCAUAUCUCAAGCAGUUGAUCCAUGGGUACAAUACGAGUACUUCUCGAACACGUCGGGUGCAUUUCGUGUGGCAGCUGCGUACCCUGGAUAUUGCGAUUGCCGUACAGCCCUGGCUCAACGAGUUGCUGCAGGAUGACGUCCUGGAUGAAGGCUAUAUCCUGACCAUUUCAAUCUACGUGGAAUCCGGCCAGAUCACAGGCGACCGAAUGCCGUUUGGGGGACACGAACGUGCUUUUGUCUACGGAGGCUCAGCAGACUUGCAGGAUAUUCUGCAGACCGAGGUGUCCGGUGAACGCAUCAAGCGGCUAACUGACGUUCAAGAAGAGCGAGGGGACGUGCUCGUGAUGGGUAAGGAUCUCCCACCACAGGAUCAUGGUGGAAGUGCUGAUCGACUUAGUUUCUGUUUCGGGCGAAUUGCGGGAUCAUCUGCGAGAGAUCGUUAG